AUGACUUUUUUUUAUAAAAGAUUUGUAGGUGAAGAUCAAGAAAUUUAUUUUGGACAACCAAUUGAUCCUUCAUCAUCAUCUGAAGGUAGUGGAGUAAUUGGUAAAGAUGAACAAGCAAGUAAUGAAUUAAAAGCUAAUGUAAUUGAUGGUGAUGUAUUUGACGAGACUGCUAAAAUUACUGAUAAAGUGAUGACUCUUCUUCGAGGUAAAGAGAAAAAAAGGAUUUCUUUCUCCAAAGAAAUCGAUCGUAUUUUAGAAAAUAAUUCAUCAAAUAAUUUACAGUAA